GUUGCUUUGCUUCGCCCGGUCGUCUAAGCUUAGCAUCUCUUUCUAAGUUUUCCCCUUUCCCAUUUUUUUCAGUCUAAUCGAAUGUCCUGGACAAAACUAUUCUCACUUUCCCCUUCCCCGGUAAUUUGUUCCUCUUAACCUUUUUUUUCCUAUGUUUUCUCUCUCUCCUGCAAUUGCUGAAUCAUCUCUUCCCAUUACCACUUUCGGAGUUGCCUAAAUCCGAACACAGCAACCCUCAUAUUUCUUGACAAUUUGACGUCGUCUUGCGCCAUGGGAAUAUCGUUUUUGAAGACGAUUGUGAUUGCUAUAGAAUUUCUUUUGAUUAGUUAGCUGUGCUGAUAGCUGCUAGGGUUGUUCGCCUGUAAACUUUUUUUCGUUUCGCUUUUUGUUUUAUAAAGUUUGCUCGAGUCUUUUGAAGUAAAGAUGGUAGUACCAUGGGGCGGAGUAAGCUGCUGUUUGAGUGCAGCAGCUCUCUAUCUUCUUGGGAGGAGCAGUGGAAGGGAUGCGGACAUCCUCAAAUCUGUGACUCGAGUCAAUCAGCUGAAGGAUUUAGCUCAACUAUUGGAUAGUGCGUACAAAGUUUUGCCAGUGGUUGUUGCGAUAUCUGGAAGAGUUGGUUCAGAUACGCCGAUCAACUGUGAGUACAGUGGUUUGCGAGGUGUAAUUGUGGAAGAGACGGCAGAGCAGCACUUUUUGAAACACAAUGAUGCUGGCUCAUGGAUACAGGAUUCUGCUUUGAUGCUUUCUAUGUGUAAAGAAGUCCCAUGGUACCUGGAUGAUGGGACUAGUCGUGUAAAUGUCAUUGGAGCCCGUGGUGCUACAGGUUUGGUAUUGACAGUAGGAAGUGAAGUCUUUGAGGAGUCCGGACGGUCGCUUGUACGUGGAACAUUGGACUAUCUUCAGGGUCUUAAGAUGCUAGGAGUGAAGAGGAUUGAGCGGGUUCUUCCAACUGGGACACCUUUGACUGUUGUUGGUGAGGCUGUUAAAGAUGAUAUUGGGACGAUCCGGAUGCAGAAACCACACAAAGGGCCAUUUUAUGUGUCGCACAAAACUAUUGACCAGCUUAUUGCAAAUCUAGGGAGAUGGGCCAGGUGGUAUAGAUAUGCCUCUAUGGGAUUCACUGUGUUUGGUGUUUAUCUAAUUGCAAAGCAUGCUUUCCAAUAUAUCACGGAGAGAAAGCGUCAUUGGGAACUGAGGAGGAGGGUUCUUGCUGCUGCAGCUAAAAGAUCAAGCAAAGAGGAGGAAGGUUCAAAUGGUGUAUCUGAGAAUGGAUCAGAUAAUAGUAAAAAGGAUCGAACAAUGCCGGAUCUAUGUGUCAUAUGCUUGGAGCAGGAAUACAAUUCAGUUUUUGUCCCGUGUGGCCAUAUGUGCUGUUGCAUGGCGUGUUCUUCACACUUGACAAACUGUCCACUUUGUAGGAGACGAAUUGAGCAGGUGGUAAAGACUUUUCGUCAUUGAGUACCUUUUGAGGUUGGCAUUGCCAUGAGAGAUGAUCCUCCAAACUGAUGCCCUUCCUCCCAAGAGAUUGAGGGCUAGGAUGUCUUAUUUUUCAACGUUGUCCUGGGUUUGUUAUGCUUAUGGAGGUUCCGACGUCUAACCUUACAAUUGACAUCAUGUGGCAAUGUGGAAUUCUGUGACUAUCGGAUUGAAAUAUGAGUAAAUUAAAUCCAAUGUCAUGUCUCACUGCCAAAUACACGCUUAAAUGUUUUCGGUGGAAGGAGUUGAGCUUAAAAUGUGUAAUAAUUCAUCGUUUUCUUCUGAAAUUGUAAAUACAAGCUGUACACAGAACUGAUUAUACUCGUGCUGCCAGUAAAUGAUGUGCCCUUUUUCUAGCUUC